AGCCACUGGGUAAAUAUGAAUGUCAUUAUUCAGGAGCUACAUCUAAGGGGCCACCAGGUUUCCGUUGUGCGUUCAACAGACAGCUGGUACAUCAAGGAAUCCUCCCCAUUCUAUACUUCAAUUACGCUCGAUAUGGAGUCAGGGUUUGAUGAAGACUUUUUAACAGCAUUUAUUGCGGAACUGUUGGACAUCCAGAAGGGAGGGAUGUCUGUCUGGAAACGCUUUAAACUGGAAAUGGAACUAGCAAAAAAAACCUCUGAAAUGCAAAAGAAACAAAGCAAAUUGACUGAAGGGCUUUUUGAAAACAAAGAGCUUAUACAGUCACUAAAGGAUGCAGAAUAUGAUCUUGUCCUGACAGAUCCUGCCACACCAACAGGUGCCAUACUUGCCCAAUACCUCAAGUUGCCUCUUGUUUUUAAUGUUAGAUGGACUAGUCAGGGUGAAGGCCAUUUUUCAAUUGCACCAUCUCCUCUCUCUUAUGUUCCCAUAGUAGGGAGUGAGCUAUCUGAUAAAAUGAGCUUUUUUGAGAGGCUGCUAAAUGUCCUAAUUUUUGGUUUCGCAGAAUAUCAGAUUGCCCAGUAUUUGCUACCACAUUAUGAGAACCUCAUUGAAAAAUAUUUUGGUCCAGACACAGACUACUUAUCCAUGUUUCAAGCUGACCUGUGGCUAAUGAGAGUGGAUUUUGUGUUUGAGUUUCCUCGCCCCACCAUGCCUAAUGUUAUCUAUAUGGGAGGGUUCCAGUGCAAACCAGCAAAACUGCUUCCGCAACAUUUGGAGGACUUUGUGCAGAGUUCUGGAGAACAUGGUGUGAUCCUCAUGUCUCUGGGAACUUUGAUUGGAGAACUACCCCCUGACUUAGCUGAAGCGAUCACUGCAGCUUUUGCAAAAUUACCCCAGAAAGUCAUUUGGCGGUAUAAAGGUGACAGGCCAGGCACUCUGGGUAACAACACUUUGCUGGUGGACUGGAUGCCACAGAGUGACCUAUUAGGGCAUCCUAAAAUAAAACUUUUUGUGGCUCAUGGGGGAACAAAUGGUGUUCAAGAAGCUAUUUAUCAUGGAGUCCCUAUUUUAGGACUUCCUCUGGUUUUUGAUCAACAUGAUAAUUUAUUUAGAAUCAAAGAAAGAGGAGCAGGGAAAGUCAUAGAUGUUUUUACUAUGAAUGAAGACAUUUUCUUUCAAGGUAUUAUGGAAGUCCUGACUGAUCCCUCCUACAGGAUGAACAUGCAGAGACUUUCCAGGCUGCACAGAGAUCAGCCAAUAAAGCCACUGGACAAUGCCCUCUUCUGGAUAGAGUUCGUCAUGAGACACAAAGGUGCAGCUCACUUAAGAACUGAAUCCUACAAACUGCCCUGGUAUUCCUACCACUCUGUAGAUGUGAUACUUUUCUUAGCUGCAGUUGUGCUGGUUAUUCUGGGCACCUUUGCUAUCUUAAUAAAAUGCCUAUGCUCUAUGUUCCUGAGGACAAAGCGUAAACGUGAUUAAAAAGAAAUA